GGCCGAAUCAUUUCAAAGCGAGAUAUUGAAAAGAGAACGAAAUCGUGACACAUCGUGUGACUUUUCAGAGUUGUUUGUUGGAUUUAAAUAAUUUUGAGUAAUAAUUGUGCAAUUAAAUUAAGACAAAAUUUUAGUGAGUAAUCGGUCAAGAUGCAGAUCUUUGUGAAAACUCUAACGGGAAAAACUAUCACCUUGGAAGUUGAGCCAUCGGAUACUAUUGAGAAUGUCAAAGCUAAGAUUCAAGAUAAGGAAGGCAUCCCUCCAGACCAGCAGCGCCUGAUCUUCGCGGGGAAGCAGCUGGAGGACGGCCGCACGCUGUCCGACUACAACAUCCAGAAGGAAUCCACCCUCCACCUCGUACUGCGCCUGCGCGGAGGUAUGCAGAUCUUUGUAAAGACUUUGACUGGCAAAACUAUCACACUGGAGGUCGAGCCGUCCGACACCAUCGAGAAUGUCAAGGCUAAGAUCCAGGACAAGGAAGGCAUUCCCCCAGACCAGCAGCGACUGAUUUUUGCUGGUAAGCAACUUGAAGAUGGUCGUACUCUUUCUGAUUACAACAUCCAAAAGGAAUCCACACUCCAUCUUGUGCUGAGGCUCCGAGGUGGUAUGCAGAUAUUUGUUAAAACACUUACUGGUAAAACGAUCACACUGGAGGUUGAGCCUUCUGAUACAAUUGAAAAUGUAAAGGCAAAGAUCCAGGACAAGGAAGGCAUCCCUCCAGAUCAGCAACGACUCAUUUUUGCUGGCAAACAAUUGGAAGAUGGACGCACGCUCUCCGACUAUAAUAUUCAAAAAGAAUCAACUCUUCAUUUAGUACUUCGUCUCAGAGGGGGUAUGCAAAUCUUUGUGAAGACUUUGACUGGAAAGACAAUCACAUUGGAAGUUGAACCCUCGGACACAAUCGAAAAUGUUAAAGCCAAGAUCCAGGACAAAGAAGGCAUUCCCCCAGACCAGCAGCGAUUGAUCUUCGCCGGCAAACAGCUGGAAGAUGGACGCACUCUCUCAGACUACAAUAUCCAAAAGGAAUCAACUCUUCACUUGGUAUUGCGUCUGCGUGGUGGCAUGCAGAUUUUCGUGAAGACCCUGACUGGCAAGACUAUCACUCUUGAGGUUGAGCCUUCUGACACAAUCGAGAAUGUUAAGGCCAAAAUCCAGGACAAAGAGGGUAUACCGCCCGAUCAGCAGCGAUUGAUUUUCGCCGGCAAACAGCUGGAAGAUGGACGCACUCUCUCAGACUACAACAUCCAGAAGGAAUCCACUCUUCAUUUGGUAUUGCGUCUGCGUGGUGGUAUGCAAAUCUUCGUGAAGACUCUGACUGGAAAGACAAUCACAUUGGAAGUUGAGCCCUCUGACACAAUCGAGAAUGUUAAAGCCAAGAUCCAGGAUAAAGAAGGCAUUCCCCCAGACCAGCAGCGAUUGAUCUUCGCCGGCAAACAGCUGGAAGAUGGCCGUACACUCUCGGAUUACAAUAUUCAGAAGGAAUCGACUCUUCACUUGGUAUUGCGUCUGCGUGGUGGCAUGCAGAUUUUCGUGAAGACCCUGACUGGCAAGACUAUUACUCUGGAGGUUGAGCCUUCAGACACAAUCGAAAAUGUUAAAGCCAAGAUCCAGGACAAAGAAGGCAUUCCCCCAGACCAGCAGCGAUUGAUCUUUGCCGGCAAACAGCUGGAAGAUGGACGCACACUCUCAGACUACAACAUCCAAAAGGAAUCAACUCUUCACUUGGUAUUGCGUCUGCGUGGUGGUAUGCAGAUUUUCGUAAAAACCCUGACUGGCAAAACCAUCACAUUAGAAGUUGAGGCUUCCGACACAAUUGAGAAUGUUAAGGCGAAAAUCCAGGACAAAGAGGGUAUCCCCCCAGACCAGCAGCGAUUGAUCUUCGCCGGCAAACAGCUGGAAGAUGGACGCACUCUCUCAGACUACAAUAUCCAAAAGGAAUCCACUCUUCAUUUGGUAUUGCGUCUGCGUGGUGGUAUGCAAAUCUUCGUGAAGACCCUGACUGGCAAGACUAUUACUCUGGAGGUUGAGCCUUCAGACACAAUCGAAAAUGUUAAAGCCAAGAUCCAGGACAAAGAAGGCAUUCCCCCAGACCAGCAGCGAUUGAUCUUUGCCGGCAAACAGCUGGAAGAUGGACGCACACUCUCAGACUACAACAUCCAAAAGGAAUCAACUCUUCACUUGGUAUUGCGUCUGCGUGGUGGUAUGCAGAUUUUCGUAAAAACCCUGACUGGCAAAACCAUCACAUUAGAAGUUGAGGCUUCCGACACAAUUGAGAAUGUUAAGGCGAAAAUCCAGGACAAAGAGGGUAUCCCCCCAGACCAGCAGCGAUUGAUUUUCGCCGGCAAACAGCUGGAAGAUGGACGCACUCUCUCAGACUACAAUAUCCAAAAGGAAUCCACUCUGCACUUGGUAUUGCGUCUGCGUGGUGGUAUGCAGAUUUUCGUAAAAACCCUGACUGGCAAAACCAUCACAUUAGAAGUUGAGCCUUCCGACACAAUUGAGAAUGUUAAGGCGAAAAUCCAGGACAAAGAAGGUAUCCCGCCCGAUCAGCAGCGAUUGAUCUUCGCCGGCAAACAGCUGGAAGAUGGCCGUACACUCUCGGAUUACAAUAUUCAGAAGGAAUCGACUCUUCACUUGGUAUUGCGUCUGCGUGGUGGUAUGCAGAUUUUCGUAAAAACCCUGACUGGCAAAACCAUCACAUUAGAAGUUGAGCCUUCCGACACAAUUGAGAAUGUUAAGGCGAAAAUCCAGGACAAAGAGGGUAUCCCCCCAGACCAGCAGCGAUUGAUCUUCGCCGGCAAACAGCUGGAAGAUGGACGCACUCUCUCAGACUACAAUAUCCAAAAGGAAUCCACUCUUCACUUGGUAUUGCGUCUGCGUGGUGGCAUGCAGAUUUUCGUGAAGACCUUGACUGGCAAGACCAUCACACUAGAGGUUGAGCCCUCUGAUACAAUCGAAAAUGUUAAAGCCAAGAUCCAGGACAAAGAGGGUAUCCCCCCAGACCAGCAGCGAUUGAUCUUCGCCGGAAAACAACUGGAAGAUGGACGCACUCUCUCAGACUACAACAUCCAAAAGGAAUCCACUCUUCAUUUGGUAUUGCGUCUGCGUGGUGGUAUGCAGAUUUUCGUGAAGACCCUGACUGGCAAGACUAUCACUCUUGAGGUUGAGCCUUCUGACACAAUCGAGAAUGUUAAGGCUAAAAUCCAGGACAAAGAGGGUAUCCCGCCCGAUCAGCAGCGAUUGAUCUUCGCAGGCAAACAGCUGGAAGAUGGACGCACUCUCUCAGACUACAAUAUCCAAAAGGAAUCCACUCUGCACUUGGUAUUGCGUCUGCGUGGUGGUAUGCAGAUUUUCGUAAAAACCCUGACUGGCAAAACCAUCACAUUAGAAGUUGAGCCUUCCGACACAAUUGAGAAUGUUAAGGCGAAAAUCCAGGACAAAGAAGGUAUCCCGCCCGAUCAGCAGCGAUUGAUCUUCGCCGGCAAACAGCUGGAAGAUGGCCGUACACUCUCGGAUUACAAUAUUCAGAAGGAAUCGACUCUUCACUUGGUAUUGCGUCUGCGUGGUGGUAUGCAGAUUUUCGUAAAAACCCUGACUGGCAAAACCAUCACAUUAGAAGUUGAGCCUUCCGACACAAUUGAGAAUGUUAAGGCGAAAAUCCAGGACAAAGAGGGUAUCCCCCCAGACCAGCAGCGAUUGAUCUUCGCCGGCAAACAACUAGAGGAUGGUCGCACACUCUCUGACUAUAACAUCCAAAAGGAAUCCACUCUUCACUUGGUAUUGCGUCUUCGUGGUGGCAUGCAGAUUUUCGUAAAGACCCUGACUGGCAAAACCAUCACAUUAGAAGUUGAGCCUUCUGACACAAUUGAGAAUGUUAAGGCUAAAAUCCAGGACAAAGAAGGCAUUCCCCCAGACCAGCAGCGAUUGAUCUUCGCCGGCAAACAACUGGAAGAUGGACGCACACUCUCAGACUACAAUAUUCAGAAGGAGUCUACACUUCAUCUUGUACUCAGACUUCGGGGAGGGAUUUAAAAUGUAUAUUCUGUAAGCCUUUUUCUCAUCCCUGUGUAAUAAAUAAAGGGCAAAUAAAACAGCUUUGAUUCUCUGAAUAAA